CGCAUGUUGAUACGGAAGUGAAGAGCACAUGUAUGCAUCGUCAACACUCAAACUGAAUCAUGGAUGUUUUGGGCGCACAAAAACCCGGUGAUGAGGGUAAUAAAAACAAAAAUAAAGGAAAGACACCAACGAAACCAAAGAGAUAUUUUGCUGUAUCAACAGGAGCUCCGUCAGAACAGUCUAAUGUAAGUUCCAAUGACUUCUCACAAAAACAAAAAACAAAGACAGUCGUUGAUAAGCAGAAGAAUGAAAGUCUUAAGCAGAAACACAAAGGAACAAAAUCAAAGCGACACAUAGCUGACCCGGGAGGGAAAGUGAAAGUUUUUGACUUGAGUUCAAGUAAAAAGAUGUUUCAACAACAAAAACGUGAACAUUAUCGUAUGAAGGCACAUCACAAGGAAGUUGAAGAAGACUAUCGAAAGAAGGUGGAUCCUUUCCCAGGUGAGGCUGCCAUACCUGCAGACAGAUUGAAGAAAUAUCAGAGGGGAAAGCUAACAACCACAAAAUGGGCCAGAUCAAAGUUAGCCAUGGGGGAGAUCCGUAAGAGGGAGAAGAAGAUGAAAGCAGCUGUGAAACAGGCCGCAAGAUCAGAAUACCUGUUAACAGAGGAGGCAGGUUACCUUGAAGGAGAUGACGGCACACAUACCACAAAUAUAUCACAGGGGGACAUCGUGGAGGCUGUGGACAUCACGAGUGCACAAAAGCAUUUUGAAUUAAGAUUGAAUGAAUUUGGCCCUUAUCGUGCUCAAUAUACGAGAAAUGGACGUUUCAUGUUGAUGGGUGGAGCUAAAGGGCAUAUAGCAGCUAUCGAUUGGUUGACCAAGAAAUUAUUAUGUGAAAUCAAUGUCAUGGAAACCAUUCAUGAUAUACAGUGGCUUCAUCAGGAGACCAUGUAUGCUGUAGCUCAGAAACAAUGGACGUACAUCUACGACAACCAGGGUAUAGAGCUUCACUGUCUUAAGAUGGUGGACAGUGCAUUACGACUAGAGUUCCUUCCCUUUCACUUCCUGCUGGCCAGCUCGAGUUCAAAGGGUUAUUUGUCCUGGAUUGAUGUGUCGAUAGGUGAAAAGGUUGCAGGCCAUGCGACUGGCUUGGGCAGACUGGAUGUGAUGUGUCAAAACCCAAACAAUGCAACACUGUGUUUAGGACAUUCGGGAGGUACUGUUACGAUGUGGUCGCCAAAUGUGAAGGAACCGUUGGUAAAAAUGUUGUGUCACAGACACGGUGUCCGAUCCAUAGCUGUCGACCCCCAGGGAAAAUACAUAGCAACGUCAGGCAUAGACAGGAAGUUGAAGAUCUGGGAUAUCCGCAAUUACAAAAUGCUUCAGUCCUACCAAAUUGGAAUUGGAGCUAGUUCUUUAGCUUUCAGUCAAAGGGACAUGCUUGCUGUCAGUAAAGGCAACAUAGUGGAGGUAUACAAGGACUGUUGUAGACAGACAGUUACCUCCCCUUACAUGUCCCAUCGUCUCCCAGGAUCAGUGUUGAAUGUCCAGUUCUGUCCCUAUGAGGAUGUCCUUGGUGUUGGUCAUGAGCGGGGCUUCGAGAGCCUACUCAUCCCAGGUGCUGGUGAGCCAAACUUUGAUGCCCUUGAAGCCAACCCCUUCCAGAGUAAGAAACAGCGACGCCAGGCUGAGGUCAAGAUGCUGCUGGACAAGAUCCCAGCAGACAUGAUUCACCUGAAUGACAGGAUUGGCGAGAUCGACAUCAAAACUUUCAAGCAGCGGAUUGAGUUGACAAAUAGUAUCAAGACCUUGAAGCCUGAACUGAUGGACUACACUCCAAAAUACAAGAUGAAAGGAAAGAAUAAAGGAAGGAAGAGAGAACAGAGAAAGAAAGGUGUGGUGGAGGAGGAUCAGAGGAAGGCAGUGAGGCGGGAAAUGAAGAAAAAGUCGGACACAGCACGUGGGAACCAGCAUAACCAGCACAGAGAUUCGGGGAAUGUGCUGAACAGAUUCGAACGGACACAGUCAUAAUUUGAUGUAUGGUUUUAUAAUAUUAAAGUUAUUGUUACAAAA